CACUUGUGCCAAGCAAAGCCACAGCGGUGCACACAGGUCUGAUUGAUAUUUACUUAUAUAAAUCCCUACAAAGAAACUAACUCGCACAACUAGGUUGUAAUUCAGUGGGCAGGAACCGAUUAAUACUCCUUGUCUGGGACUAACCGCAUCAACCGAGACAGUCGUUUUCACACCGUUCUCACCAGUAACAGAAGUCGGCGCAUGUCCUGAUGGAAGUAAAGGUCAAGAAUCCAUGGUACAGGCCAGUGAUCAUAUUUCUGGCUGCUGUUAUCAUUGUGGGGAUCAUGGUGGCCAUUUCUGUCGUCCAGUACAAGCCUUUACACCAGAAAUACAAAUAUGGAAUAGUUCUGGAUGCAGGCUCCUCCCACACCUCUGUUUUUAUCUAUGAAUGGCCAGCCGAGAAGGAGAACAACACAGGCAUGGUACGGCAGAAACACACCUGCAAUGUAAAAGGGAAAGGUAUCUCCAGUUACUCCAAUAAUCCAAAGGGGGCUGGCGCAUCUCUGCAGGAGUGCAUGCAGGAAGCCAAGCAGAAAAUACCUACACACAGACAUCAUGAAACCCCCGUGUACCUGGGAGCCACAGCAGGCAUGAGACUGCUCAAGAUGGAGAAUGAAGAAGCCUCAGAAGAUGUAUUGGACUCUGUAGCACAUUCACUGAAGGGCUACCCCUUCUCCUAUCAGGGAGCUCGUAUCAUUACGGGCCAAGAGGAGGGAGCUUUCGGAUGGAUUACUGUCAAUUACCUGAGUGAAAACUUGAGAAAGCCCACAGGGACUCUUGGAGCUCUGGACCUGGGUGGAGCGUCUACUCAGAUAACAUUCGUACCUCAACAGGAAAUUGAAUCACAUGACAAUUCUAUUAACUUCAGGCUGUACGGAAAUGAUUAUCACCUGUACACCCACAGCUUUCUCUGUUACGGGAAGGACCAAGUUCUCAAGCUUUCUAUGGGCAAGAAAUUAGAGUCAACACUUAAAGAUGAUGUGACAGACCCUGUUGAGUUAAGGGAUCCUUGCUUUCACCCUGGAUUUAACUUCACCAGGACAGUUCAAAGUGUCUUCAAUACACCGUGUAUGAAAGAAGUGAAAAUGGCAAAUGAAAACUUCUUCCAUUUAGGGAUUGGGGAUUGGUCUCAGUGCCAGCAAUCAAUCAGAAAGGUUUUUAAAACCAGCUUUUGUCCUUACUCAAGAUGCUCUUUCAAUGGUGUUUUCCAGCCUUCUGUCGAUGGAGACUUUGGGGCAUUUUCAGCUUUCUUCUUUGUGAUGGACUUUUUGAAUCUGACAAGUGAUACUUUAGCGGGUACAAAGCAGAAGCUAGCAACGUACUGUUCUACACCAUGGAAGAAGAUUACAGAAAAUCAUCCCAACACAAAAGAGAAGUACCUUUCAGAAUACUGCUUCUCAGCAACCUACAUUCUCACUCUUCUGGAAGACGGAUACAAAUUCACUUCUCACAACUGGAAAGACAUCAGGUUCAUUAAGAAGAUAGGAGACAGUGAUGCAGGCUGGACAUUAGGUUACAUGCUUAACCUGACCAACAUGAUCCCUGCUGAAGCUCCAGACAUGCCGCUGAUGCCUUAUGGAGGAUACGUCACAUUUAUGCUCCUCUUCUCACUUCUAAUACUUCUUCUUCUUCUUCUGGCCUACAUGUAUUUCCGUCGGUCAACUAGAACAGCCCAGAAAGACAUCAUUUAGACAGGGAUAUUAUGGUCUCUAUAUAUCGAAUGUUUAUUUCUGCAGUACAACAUUUUGAUAAAUCCAAAAUCACAUUUUAACUUGAUUUCAAAGGUUUUACAUUUCAAAGAAUUUGGAAAUCAUACCUCAUGUGAAGGAUUAACAGGUUUUUGGAGAGAGAUGGGUUACAAGUUCCACUGCGACUGAAGGGACAUCAGACUCUUUUCCCAUUCCUUUGUGCUUUUUGUGACCACUCAAAUUUUUUCUUUAAAAAGCAAGUCAUGAGUACAAGUUUAGCUUUUGGGGUGCUUGGUGAAAGGGGUUGUUUAUGUUCCUUAAAAGCAAAUGUGCACUGACAUUCAAUAUAUCAUGUGCCUUUAGUCUUUAAUAAAGUUUCCCAUUUUAUGUAUCGAAAAGCACACGUCAUCUUGAUGCCACUAUAUAUAUAUUUUUUUUUACUUAUUAUAAAGUAAUGU